CCUGCAGCAGCCCAGCAGGGGCAGCCCCGGAGUUUCUGCUGGGCGCUGACACCUGCGCUAUGGAAACCACCCCGGCCGCUCCUGCUUCAGCUGUGCCGGCAUCCAGCUGUGACAAGCCGGGCCCAGGGGCCGCACCAGCUGCUCUCUGAAGCACCAACAGCGCGGUGAGAGGCACGACAUGAGGCUGGGCUGCAGGGUUGUGUUAGGACACGUUUUGCAUAAACUUCACACGAGAGAACUACCGCCAGACUAUCCACAGCCGGUUCAAGCCACUUGUCCAUCCGCACUCACAGAAAAAAAUACCUAGAGCAGGGAGCAGUGAAGUGUCUUGGACGCAACUCCCUGUUGGAAUGCCUCACAUCAAUGCAGCUGCAGCUCUGCAGAUUUCCAUGCUGCUCUUUGCUCUUCCUGCACAGUAUUUCAUAUCUCAGUGGUACGGAACGGACUCUGCCCAGCGCAUCCAAAGAACAGAAAGGAUAAUUGCCUCUUGGAGCAUCUCAGCAAGAUCUUACUUGAGUCUGGAUGCAUGGGCAGAUCGUUUAAAGCUGUGGCUCUUAAAGACAAGGAAUUGGUACUACGGAGAGAGCAAAACUAAAAGUGGUGAAAAUGAAGCAAACCCCCAUUCUUAUUUUGCAGAAUCAACUCAUGUUCACAGUCCAAAGCCUGAAUAUAUUAAGUUCCGUGUGGGCCAGGUAAUAAUUCACAGAAAAUUUGGCUACUCAGGAGUCAUUGUCGGAUGGGAUGUGAAAGCUAACACUCCAGAAGAACAACUGCAACUCAGAUAUCUUCCAGUGAAACAGGGUCUAAAAGAUACUCCUCAUUAUCGAAUUCUAAUUAACAAAGCAAAUGGAUUUGGAAAAUCUACAGCUUAUGUUCCUGAGGAAGAGAUAACAGUUAUUAUAGGAUUAGAGGUUUAUCAUCCUGAUAUGGAAACCUACUUCAGUGGAUAUGAUGGAUUAAAAUACAUUAUGCAGCCAUGGUUGAAAAAACUCUACCCUCAUGACUGAGUACUUAGUGUCUGUACAUGUAAUGUACAUCCAGACAACAGAUGUCCUUUUUAAACCUGAGCAAACGCACACCAGGAUAAAAUGUGUAUUUUUUUUCCUAUGAUGGAAUAAAACAUUCCUAAACACUUGAACACUCAAUUUUGUCAGAAGCGAACACACUGCAUGUUCAGUUUGCCGUGACUCAACAAUGGGGAUUAACUUCCUUCCAGUUUUGGGAGAAAAGGUGUAAAUGUAGUGCAGUUUCAGCCAGAAGUGCCAAAUGUGUGGCUCAUCAACUAUCUUGCUGUUUUACAGGGCCAGGGAACUAAAAUAAGCAAUUGUGAACUGUACUUUCAGAAUUAACUGUAACCUAAUUUUAGGGG